ACAUGUAAACACACAAUCCAUCCUUACCUAGCAACGGUGUCAUAUUAUAGGACGUACCUUUGUACCGCCUUCUAAUGUUCCUCAAGAUUAGUCUACUAAAUCAAACACGACUAGAAAUUAUCCCAAGAACAAACUUCCAAUUAUACUUGCUUUGGUGGUUGGUUUAACUUCUGAAAAAGACACCGUUUCCUACCGUUUGAUUCAGACGAUGUGGUAUUGAUAAGCUGACCAGUGAAGAACCCAUCAGGCAGUGAUUGUAUCAGUUGUUUAUGACUUAAAUCAUCCAUGUCACAAACUGAUGAAACCGCAAGCACUACUAGAACUGACCCUGAAAUGCCACUAGAGCGCACUAAAGUACUUUAUAAGUACGACCUCUUAAAAUAUCUCGUUGGUACGCUGUUUGCUUGGGCCGAUGUCGGUUCUGACAUCGCUACCUGUGUGCUGUACUUCCAAGCCUCCAAGUACAAACAAUUUGGUUUUUGCUUAGCUUUUGCCCUAGCGCCUUCGGUUGCGAUGACUUUUGCCCACCUAUUACAACACAUUAGGAGUGAUGGUGUGCUAAAAGCCUGUCGAGACCUGUGCUACCUUGGAUUGUUUGGACCAGGAAUGUUAAAGCUUCGUUUAUUUACAUUGUGUAUCAAGAAUCGCAAAGAAGUGUGSAAUCGAUAYGGYUAUUUAGUCACAAAAGACCAAGAUAAAAAUAUCAUCAGGAUUUCCGUUGUCAAUGAUUUUGUGCAGUCCCUAAUGGAAGAUAUACCUCAAAUGAUUUUACAAAURCACACUUUAAAUGGACAAGAAAAAGCCAUACACUGGAUUCAAAUAGCGUCCAUUACWUUUUCCUUGAUYAGUCUUGUUUCCACAAUAGCGACAUUUGAAAACAGGACACUUCCUGGGGUCCAAGACGUUAAAACGUAUUUUCUAAUUAUCGUGACUUACAACGCAUUUCUGCUCAUUGCACGAAUAAUCACAAUUGUGACAUUUAUCAUAUCUCAUUCAUGGGUCACGGCGGCCGUGUUGGGUUGUCACCAAAUAAUAUGCAUCAUAAUUUAUUACACCAUCAAUAGAAAACGUUUCGCGGACACCGACGUAUGGUGGGUUGCGGUUCUCAUUCUCCCGUGCUAUGUAUUCAUCUAUUUAGGCUUCACUGUUAAGCAAAUUCACCUACGAACUUUCGAGCUGAAGAUAUCUCGCUCUUUGCUAUCUGCUGGACUGUACUACGGAAUCUUUGCAGCCGAAAAUGUCAUGAUGGUGACGCUYUACUACUCCGCGGCUAACGUGCGUAAAUGGUACUCGUCUGGAACGACUGCUGCGGUYGUYUUUCUCACUUUAGURGGUGUUUUUUUAAACCUUGUUUUUACUAAUUUGUACUUCAGGGAGUAUAAUCACACACGGCAUGUAUURAGCCAUCAAGYGGUUAGGAGGUCAUCACGYUACGAYAGGAACUCAAGGGUUCGGUUUUCACGUAGUGUACGUGUACACCCGCAUCCCACAGAUCAAGACCAGACAGUUACAGAAAUACAAACAUAAUCAAGAGCAUCAAUAACGAAGACCUCACAGGGCACCUUCAGGGAAGGCCUAGGGACUGCGCAAUAUUACU